AUGGAGGGUCUUCCGUAUCUAUUGGGAUCUUUAAGUGUUAUGCUUGUUCUGGGGUUGUGUGCUUGUGGUUCAUGCAAUGGAAUGAUGAAGUGUGGAACAUCAUCAACUAUCCAUUCACAAAUAAGCACCGUUCUUACUUACUCAUAUGUAUCAAUGAUUAUCAUCUCCACCAGCUUCUUCUAUGGAUUUAUACUUUCAAUCAUCAUCAUCAACAAGCUAGGCCCAAACUAUACUCUUCAUACUGGCAUUCUACACCUAACAUCAGGCAUCAUCUUUGGUGUAAUCGGAGUCAAUUCUGGAGUGUCAAUGGGAAAUAUUUCAUCACAUGGAUUUAAAAGGAUAGCCCAAAAUGAAAAAUUUUAUACAUCAUUUAUGAUUUCACUGGCGUCGGUUGAGGUAACACUCGUUAUAGGAUUUUUAUGCAGUUUACUGAUCAUAUAUAAAGUAUAA